AUGUUGAUUCGAGUGUUCAUUUCUAAAAAUCAAUACAGAAAAUUCGUUUUAUUCUACAAAUCGGAAUGUGUGUUCUCUAAUUUCUAUCCAGUCGAAUUCACCGCCUCACCAAUUCAAGAAAACAACUCUAGAAUUGAAAAAGUUCUCACUUUCAACUGCAGUGAGCAGUACUUCAUGUAUCAUAAGGCUCUUCUGGUUGGUGACGAGGGGAUAGCUGAGAAAAUUAUGAAUGAAACAGAUCCGAAGAAGAUGAAAGUGUGGGGAAGACGACUGGAAAUGAGUGAGCAACACUUGCAACAAUGGUCGAAAAUGUCUCGUGAGAUUAUGUACUGCGCAUGUCUUGCGAAGUUUUCGAAAGAUGCAUCUUGUCGGAAAACAAUGUUCCGAACUCAUGGAAUGAAACUUGUGGAGGCAUCACCAGGGGAUAGAAUAUGGGGAAUUGGUCUUGACAAGAAUGACAAAAGAUGUGAAGAUGAGAGAACUUGGAGAGGAACGAAUUGGUUGGGAGAGAUUUUGGAUAGAGUACGAGACGAAUUAUGGGAAAGAAAAGAAUUCAAGAAUGAGAGGGAAUUGAUUCAGAAGGAAAGUCUCGAGACAAGAUGUCAAUUGUUGGAGCAAUUUGCAUCUGGAGCCGCCUGA